ACAACCAAACUCCUUAAAGAAAAAAGAAAGGUCAAAUAUGUUUUACUAUGUAAUUGUUCUCCCUUUAGCUCUCUUUCUUUUGGCUUACAAAUUAUUCUUCACCUCCAAACCGCAGCGUUUCAACCUCCCUCCCUCUCCACCUUAUUCUCUCCCAAUCCUCGGCCACCACCACCUCCUAAAACCGCCGGUCCACCGUCUCUUCCACCGCCUUUCCAAAACACACGGCCCAAUCUUCUCCCUCCAAUUUGGCUCCCGCCGUGCCGUCGUAAUCUCCUCCUCCUCACUCGCAACACAAUGCUUCACAGGCCAAAACGACAUCAUUUUAUCAAACCGGCCUUGUUUCCUAACCGCUAAAUAUGUCGCUUACAACUACACAACCGUUGGAACCGCGCCUUAUGGGGACCACUGGCGUAACCUCCGCCGCAUUUGCUCCCUAGAAAUCCUUUCCUCGAACCGUCUCACAAACUUCCUCCACAUCCGCAAAGACGAAAUCCGCCGCAUGCUCACGAGACUUUCACGUGACGUCAACAAAGAGAUCGAGCUCGAGCCCCUCUUGUCCGAUCUAACGUUCAACAACAUCGUGAGGAUGGUUACAGGGAAGAGAUACUACGGCGACGAAGUCCAUAAUGAAGAAGAGGCGAAUGUUUUCAAGAAACUGGUCGCCGAUAUCAACGACUGUAGCGGCGCGAGGCAUCCCGGAGAUUACUUACCAUUCAUGAAGAUGUUCGGAGGGAGCUUGGAGAAGAAAGUAAAAGCUCUUGCGGAAUCCAUGGAUGAGAUCUUGCAGCGUUUGCUUGAAGAGUGUAGGAGAGAUAAAGACGGUAACACUAUGGUUAAUCAUUUGCUCUCUCUCCAACAACAUGAACCAGAGUAUUACACUGACGUCACUAUCAAAGGCCUAAUGCUGGUCUAUUUUACUUUAUUCCAUUUCGGGCAUAGACGAUUUGAUUUGAGAUUAGUCGUUGUACCGAAUUGGUAUCCAUACGGUAUGGUCUACAAUCUACACCGAGAUCCAGAGCUCUGGAACGAACCGGAGAAGUUUAAACCAGAGAGGUUUAACGGCGGAGAAGACGUUCAUAAACUGAUGCCGUUUGGGAAUGGACGGAGAUCGUGUCCCGGCGCCGGAUUAGGGCAGAAGAUCGUGACGUUGGCGUUAGGUUCGUUGAUUCAAUGUUUCGACUGGGAAAAAGUCAACGGCAAAGCAAUCGAUAUGACGGAGACUCCGGGGAUGGCGAUGCGUAAGAAAGUGCCUUUAUGGGCUUUGUGUCAAUCUCGGCCCAUAAUGAAUAAGCUUCAGGCCCAUUAAAAAGGUUAGCUUUUUAAUUUUUUUUUGUGCUUUUCUAUUUUCUAUGCAUGUAAAAUGGUUAGAGAUGUGAGAUUUUGCUUCGUUUGUGUAACGAAGGUUAUGUGUGUAAUUCGAACAAAUGAAAUUCUAUGUUUUGC